AUGCGUUGGUAUCAUGUGCUUCUUAUUCUGGUAUCUUCUUUUCAAACCAUCAGCAACGCUUUCUCAACGUCCCCGAUUACGACAGUGGCUUCACCUGCUCACUCGAUAUCUACCAGUUUUGCCGUUACUGAGACUGCCAGGAGGAGAUUAUUAAGAGUGGUAAACCGAGCUAACGCGGAGAGCAACUCGUUUAAGGACGUUGGUUACGGCGAAAACACGGGCGAUGUUAGUGGCUAUUCUGGAUACGAUAAGUCGAGCAUUAAAGAUCUUGAAGAGAGGGUCACUGGUACAGAAGCGUUUCAAAAACUCAAGUCUUCCAAGACAUUCAAGUCGUUCUCGCAGGGUGUGACGAAAGCCACCAACACGUUUAGCGUCAAGAUCUCGCCGGCGUUGCCCAUGAAGGCAAAGCUGCAAGUAUGGUCCAACAACGGGAAAUCGGUCUCGUUCGUCCGGAAAGAGCUAGGGAUGGACAAACUGGACGACGCACUAUUAAAACAAGCCAAGAAUUUCCAGUUCUACGACGACUACGUGACCUCUCAACUUCCCAUUUGGGCUAAAAAUGAGCUCACUCUCGACGAUAUUGUCUCUCAGUUGGGACUUCGAGGAUUGUCGGGAUCUGACCUUACGUCCAAUCCGAAUUUCAAGUACUAUGACCAAUACUUAGAACAUCAAGCGUUGGUGUGGGCUACGAAGGAUCUUGAUUUAGAUGAUGUCUUGGUACGAUUAGACCUGAAUAUCCUGCCAGCAGCAGAACGUUUAGGGGCUGUGAACUUCAAGUUCUACGAAGAGUUCGUUGCUGGUUUAAUGAGGUCGUGGAUGGAGAAAGGUACGCCUUUGGACGACGUUAUGGCCAAAUUAAAGCUGGACAAGCUGACAGGAGAAGAGCUUUUGAAGCAUCCGAACUACAGGUACUACAAAAACCAUGUGAAAAACUAUUUGAGAGUCUGGGCGUUCAACGGGGAGUCUUUGGAUGAUGUUGCGGUGUGGCUGGGGCUGGAAAAUAUGCAAGGCAAAUUGCUUGAAUCUCAGCCGAACUAUGCAUUUUUGAAAAAGUAUUGGGACAAGUCGACCAAGUACGAAGAGCAAGAAAUGUUAAAACGGCGCAUUACGUCGUUCCAAGUGUGGGACGAUCUUCAGGUAUUCCGAGUCAAGCAGAGUCGACGAAAAAAUUCUGAGACCUACAAGGCAUACAAGCACUAUGUUAACCUGAUUGAUGACUACAUCAUCCGUCUGAAAGAUAGAGGUUUCACUGAAGACGAACUUCCAAGAAUGACAAGUAAGAACGCCGCACCAGACGAGAUGAUGGAGAAGACAUAUAUUUGGACCCAAAUGCGAAGACCGGAGUGGUAUGUCAAGUUUUCGUUAGGGCUGGAUGGUUUGGGGGAGAAUGCACUGAAAGAAGCUGCAAACUUUCAGUACUACGAGUAUUAUCUACGCGCAAUGAAAGCAGUCAACCCCACUGUGCAAUAA